AUGGGGCCAAUUUAUUUCAUGUCCCUUUGCAAAGUACAGAUUUUUGGUGUACGGAUAGAUGGACUGCCUAAACAGCUCAAUUUUUUUAUUAAUGAAACUGAAACUAUGGGCAUAGAUGGUACCCAAACACACGGACCCAAUGCUGUCAUCUCGAUGCUGGAUAUGGUGCUAGACACCCACGGGCGUGGUGAAUCGACAUGCUCCAUCCAUGCGGAUAAUUGUCCAGGUCAGAACAAGAACCGCUACCUCAUUGGCUAUUUCACAUGGCGUGUGAUGACCGGCAGACAUGACGUGAUAGAAUACCACAUGCAAAUACCAGGACAUGCCAGGUGUCUGGUUGACAGUGGAUUUGGGCAUUUAAAUAAACUUUACAGACAAUAUCAGUACUUCCGCAUGACGACGGAAGAGCCAGGUGUGGUCACAAUGCUCACGGGAGUCGGAUGUCCAGAGGUCAAGGUUACUGUGCCUGUGGCUAUGGAUGGCGUCCAUAUUCCAUACCAACGACCGCAAAUUGUAGAGGCCAAAGGACUCAGCCGAAACAGACAGGAGUACUUGUACAAAGUUGUCAGGCCAUAUCUCAGCGAUGCUAACGAGGAUGCUACUUGCCCUUGCCCAGAAACAUAA